AUGAAGGGAAAACUUAAUUUUAUCCUACUAUCACUCUUAGUACUCUUAUCCGUUCAUGGUAUUGUUGCCUCAGAGAAAGAACAUAAUGAAGAUGAUCAUGAUGAAUUUAAAGCAGAGUUUGGAGAUGAGCAGGAGGAAGUUGAAGGAUUCAGUAGAGUCAAAUAUGAUAAGGAUGGAGAACCAAUAGUGUUAAGAGAGCAAGAAGGUUUCACGAAACCCAAACCUAUUAUGGCUAAAGAUUUGCCGACGAUGCGCUUCAUUUUCUGUGUUUCGUGCGGAUACAAGAACGCUUAUGAACAAUAUUCUCAAUUUGUUCGCGAGAAAUAUCCAGAAAUGAAUAUCGAAGGUUCUAACUAUCCUCCAGCACCUUGGAAGGCUUAUUUGGCUCAAGCCAUCAAUAUCCUCAAGAUGGUUCUUCUCUUUAGUAUUGUCACCGGAGCUAGUAAUCCUCUUCCCUUCCUCCGAGAUCUUGUUCCUUUGGCAUGGGCUCAACAGAAUAAGUUGUCAGCAUGUAUGAUGAUCUUCCUUCUUUCAAAUAUGAUUGAAAGCUCACUCAUGUCAACAGGAGCUUUCGAAGUGUAUUUGGGUGAUGAGCAAAUUUGGAGCAAGAUUGAAAGCGGACGAGUUCCAUCACCACCAGAGCUCUUACAGAUGGUAGAUGCACAGUUGGAGUUGUUGGGUAAAGUUCCUAUGUCUAUUUCGGGAGGAUUCGGAGCUGCAGCUGAUUUCAAUAAUUAA